GCACAGAGCACCACCUUUCCACGCUGCUGUAUCGGUCGCUUCCACCCACUGAGAUACACAUCCAACACGCCCGCUCUUCACGUCAGUCCGCAACGUCAGAUUGUGCGUGUUGCUCUGUAUCGGUGGGCGUAGGUUUGACCGGCUUUUCAGAGGCAGACACAAUGAGCCCUCGGAUGAUGUAAAGCAUGCAUGUGGGGCUGGAGGCACGGGCACGUUUUGGCAGUAUAGUUUUUUGCUUUUGUUUUAUAUAAUUUCGAGCACACAUAUCGACAAGACUUUGUGACGGUAUAGGGAUAGCUGGAAAAGUCGGUUCAACGAGUUCGUCUGACAUAACGAAGUCGAAAUCUCUGGCUCGUCCCCUUCGAAAACAAAACAACAUUUUACAAAGGACUUGCUAAAGUCAACGACAUAAAACAAGAAUGUCGAUGGUUGCGUAUUCAGAUUACUUAGCCGCCGAAUGUCUGAUGUCGAUCUCUAGCGGUCCCGUCCUACACCGACCCACCCCGGUUGUACCCGCCGCCCAGCCCCCUCCCCAGGCCGUUCAUCCUGGGGAGCCCGAAGGGUCGAACGAGGACAGGGAGGUGCGCGAGACGCUGAGACUGGAAGGGGCCAACAUGAUGACGGUGGCCGGGAUCCUCACGGACCUCCACGGCAAGUUCCGGUCCAUGUCGGCCUACUCGGAGAGCAGCAACUCCUCAUGUGGGGAGAGCGGCUACACCACGUUGUCUGACUCAACUACCCCAACCAUGACCCCCUCUGCUACUCCAAUUCCUGGACAGUACAAUGCUACUCAACAGCAGUGGGGAGGAGGGACGCCUCGGUCCCCAGUAAAGCGGCAUCAGUGCAUUUACGACGGCUGUGACCGAGUUUAUGGAAAAUCAUCUCAUCUGAAAGCCCAUAUCAGAACCCAUACAGGUGAACGACCCUUUCCCUGUAUCUGGCCCGACUGCCAGAAAAAAUUUGCCCGUUCGGACGAGCUGGCUCGCCACACGCGCACACACACAGGCGAGAAGCGCUUCCUGUGCCCGCUGUGCGACAAGCGCUUCAUGCGCAGCGACCACUUGAUCAAGCACGCCCGCCGCCACCCCGACUUCCAGCCGUCCAUGCUGGGCCGCAAGGCCUCAUCCCCUGGGGGACAGGGGGCGUCCAGCCCCGCCAUGGGCCAGUAGAGUGCAGGGGACAGUGGGUUCACUCCCACGUCUAGGGCUGGGGUCAGCAAGGGUAACAGGGAGUGGUCCUAACCAAAGGUCCUAACCAAUCAGAUCCACUAGCCAGGCCUGUCUGUCACAACUCCCCACACAACAGUAUCUAGGUGGGGGCACGUUCACCACCCACCCCGACGGAUGAAGACGACACCAGUCUCAACGCUCAACUAAUACUCAAAACCUUUAACUGAAAAACACAUGCAGGGAAUUCUCAAUGUCUUCACUCCUCAGUCUCAGCACACGCAUCAGCCAAAUGUUUUCCUUCCUUUCUCGGCUUAUUUUAGAGAGAUGGUGCUCCAUGCUUUUUUACUGUGGCUGUUUCCUUUCUUGCUAGCGCCAUUUUGUGAUAUUUAACUAGAGGCGUAGAGAGGCUGAGGUCAACUAAAAGUGUAGCAGCUUUGCUGAUGACCUGUCCUCAGUUUCAAGAGGUUGCACAUUCCAUGCAUUUUUGUCGUUGGAAAUUAGUUGGCUUAGUUAUAAAUAAAUAAAAGUUUUUGUAAUAUCGUAUAUACUGUAUUAUAAUUUUAAAUGCUGGUCAACUUAACUUUCAGUAAUGAUGAUGAAUGGUUUAAACCGCUGAAGACUAGCUGGUUACACACCAUCCUUAUUCAUUCUAGAUCAACUUUUCUUUUUACUCUCCAUGAAACCUUGACGAAUGAUACACGUAAUAUUACGUCCGUUACGGAUGCAAAUGUAUAUAACCUUUAACCUUCUAUUGUAGAGAAUAUCGUGAACAAAUAUUAGAGAUAGUAAUACUUGUGAUGAAUUGUAGUCCUUAUAUUAGGGGUGACAGACUACACACUUGGAUAGGAUAGCGCUGCCUGUGAGUAAGCGUGUGUCUCUAAUUACAUUUUGUUAGAGAAAGAGAAGACACGUUCUACCGUUUCCACUUGUCUGUCCAUCUAAAUGGACAUGAUUACUUUAUCUCAGUGAACAACACUUCAGGAAAUUCAGAAAGCCUUAAACUAUUUCAUACUUAUUUUUGCACCAUGUUUACAGUUUGAAUCAUUUCUACAGGUUUACGCCGACUCGUCGGCACAUUACAAAUAAAUACACUUAUGCAAUAUACCACUUUUAACCAGAGGUUGCUUUUAAUGCUACUUGGCUAAUUUGUGUGAUAGGUUUUCACUGUGUUAAUAUGCUUCUACAAUAGAACACUGUGGAAUUUGAUAAAGAUACACGUGAUCUUAUUAUAACCAAUGGUUAGGUUAGUCAGACACAUUUGUCCAAGUGCUUUAGGAAAGUGCGAUAAAGGAUAGAUUGGGGUUAUUAUGUGUCUGUUUUUUUAAACUGUUUCUUUGCUGAGCAUAAUGACUUGGUUCUAUGUAUGUGGCUUUUCUCAGACACUAUGCUCUCAGAGCCUUGUUAUAAUUGUAAUUUCUUCCACAGAAAGAUUGAAUUGCGUGACUAAGGCACCUCUCUCGUCAUACAGUCCCUCCAAUAUUUUCCUUCUCUGUCUUUACUAACCAACUGACUUUAAUGGAUCAUUCUUGCUGAAUCAUUUGGUCACUGUUAGUUACAUUGUAAUGGGAUGUACCUGUUUUCAACUUUUAUGUUGAAAUGUUUUUGCCAUUUGUACACAUUUUCACAAGUUCUUAUCUGUUUACAGCUCUUGGUAACUGCUGGCAGUUAUCGAACAAAAAUGGACUACUUCAAACCAAGCCACAAUAUGACGUAGUGAAAGUGUUUGCUAUGUUUUCAAAUGAAUUGAAAAUUCAUUCUUCAUGGAUGUCAUCAUUUUCCAAAUGUAUUUGUUUAAUUUUCUGGCAGCAAGUCUGCCUCGCGCCAAAUUUAUGAUUAUUUCACACAAAGGGUAAGAAUUUACCUCGCAAUGUUUGUGUGAUACUUGUCUUCCCUUGGAAAGCAGUUGGACAAAAAGGGGAUCCAUUAAGAAACUCACCUUUAAUCAUGAAACGCUUCUAAACACAAUCAAGCCUUAGGUUUGAACUUCCUGUGUUCUUCAAGUGACAACUACACUCUGCCAGGGAAACAAACAUCUCUUUAGUUGUCUUGUCUAUAUUCUUGAUGUAUGCUCCAUGUACAGAGUUUUGACUGUGCUUAACACUUUUUCCAUAGUAUAUUACGUACCUGUGGUGUUUCAAUAGUGCUGAUCAUCAAUUUUUGCAUCUCACAAGUGUUCAGUAUGUAUCACUACCCUUCAUGUUGCACAAUGCUACUUAGAUCAGUUUAGUCUGGACCUACUGCGGUACAUUUUGUAACACUUCCUUUCGGUGGUACCUACAUAAGGACUUAACCCAUUCAUAACACAUUCAUAAGUAGUACAUGAACAAUUAAUAACCCAUUCAUAACACAUUCAUAAGUAGUACAUGAACAAUUAAUAACCCAUUCAUAACACAUUCAUAAGUAGUACAUGAACAAUGCAUAAAUGCUUAUGUUAACAAGUUGAUAUUUCAGUUUUGUCACUAUUUGCAGUUAACAAACGUUUAUGCAAUAUUCAUUAACUGCUUAAAUGUGUACUGUAUGGGUUAUAAAGUGCUUAUGUAGGUUCCCUUCAGAUAAAGUCACCAAUAACUCAAUUUACAUUUUACAAACCACUAAAUCUGGCUGGGGGGGAGGGGGCAUAACCAUAUCUCAAACAAUUUAAUUAAUUGCGCUAAACACCUUAUAGAGCAUACUAUGCUAAUUGUUUUCCACUGUACACUAUAAUUAAACAAAUCUACACAGCUGCAUUGUUUGUUUAAGAACCAAUAUUUUUAGAAUUUUGUUAAGCCAAAUUUUUUACAUCGAUAACUGUUUUAAGAAACCUCUUAUUUGAGCUUUGGUUACGUAGAUAAGAGGACCUGUGGAACUAAUUGAGAAAAUGCUCCAACUUGUUCUUUGAUAUUUAUACUCUCAGGUGUCUUUUAAACAUUUCUUCCAUAUUUCUUGUGCAACACCCAAGUGUAAUCAUGUAUUGUUGCUAUUAUUUUUAAGGAUUAAUUUAUUACGAUUUAUAAUUUGCGUGGUUUAAUUCAUUUUUCCCAUAGCUUAUUAUUUUGUGAUAUGGAACAUAUACUAAUAAUUUGGUUCCAUUGUUUGACACAGACUGCCAGUACUUUUUCAUAAUAAAUAAAAACCUCAAGUUAAA